UUUAUGAAUAAGUAAUGUUUUGCUAAACCAAUAGAUAUUUUAGUAAAUUUUUAGUGGUUCAUAUCAUUCUCAUAAAUAAUAUCAAGUUAUCUCAUUAACUUGUCAUUUUAAAGCCAGACUGCAGUAUUUCUGAUCUCAUAAAUGGUUAGUUAAUUUAUAUUAUUUAAGGCUAGGCCUAAUGACAUAAAAAUAUUUCCUAUUUUCGGUUUAAAUCCCACGUUAAUUAUACGUUAUUAUUAUUAUUAUUAUUUAUUACUCACGGCUGACACUGACGGCGACGGCUUAACUCUGAAACGUAACUCAACUCAAAGACUUUAAUUAACGUAUUAUUAAUUAUUCAGUUUGUCCUAUUGACAAUAUCAUGACUAAUACUUGAAAUUUCUUUAUGUACAUGAUGUGCAUUUAUAAAUGAGAAUGUACAUUGCACAUGUUUUUGGAGUUUUUUUUUUUUAGGACAAGACAAAACCAUUACAGCGAUUUAUUUGAUGAAGCAAUCCGCAUGCUAUUUAAAUGUACAUACAUGUUUGCUAACAACACAAGGCAUUUGUGGGGUGCCUUUUUUCUGAGUUAUCCGGGAAUUACAGAUUCGUGAGGCUAAAUAUUUUUCAGCUCCGGAUUCGCAAGUUUUUAUUUUCUCUUUUUCCGGAUUCGCCAGUUGAGUUUAUUCAAAUACGGAACCUGGGUUUUAAAAAAAAAUCUCCGUGUAAGAACGUGUGAAAGCCUAUUCAACUACAAGUAAGUUCGAUAUAAACAGAACAGGUACUGCGACCUCUCUUUUGUUUUCAAGCCUCUCGCUCCCUGCUUCUUGCUGUGUCAAGUUAAUUUCGCAGACAACAAUAUUGUCAUUUCAUUUAAAUUACCACAGUUUGAAGAAUGCACAUUUCUGUUGUAGAUAUAUUUUCAAAAGCCGACGAUUGGUCGUGGGGACCCAGAUAACCUACAUUAAGUGGCAAAUUUGGCUGUCUUUUAUGCUCAAGAUAUCAGGGUUUGACGACAUAAAAGAAUCAACAUAACUGAUGAGAAAAUGCUAAGACAAAGAGAGAAUUUGGCUGUUCCACUACAAAAACGUUGACAUAAAUAACAGGGUUGGCGAGUUAACCGAAGUCGAGAUAAGUGGGUUCGACUGUAAUAGUGUGUUAAAUCAUAAGUGCUUAAGUGUACACUUUACACAACUGAGUCUAAUUUCUUUAUUUUAUUUUUUUAUUUUUUUUUUUUGCUGUUCUUUAUUUCAUAAAUGUAUUUUAUUUAUUUAAUGUCAUGAUUAUGUCUCUUUUGAUAAAAUUUUUAUGUACAGCGCGGCGAGCCCAGUCCUAGGCUAGGGUACCGCACUAUAUAAGACCCCUUAUUAUUAUUAUUUACCAAAUGUUAAUGAUAAUGUCAAUGACAACUUCUAACAUAUUCAAGUACACCUUCUACUUGUGCCUUGCCUUAAGUCUACAUUGAGUCUAAGUCCCUCUCACUAAGCCUGAACCUAGCUAGUACUAAAUAACAUGUUUCAGUUACAAAACAGCGUCUACACCACUAAAGACUAGUAUCUUCAGUAUCGAUUGGAAGACCCAGGAAAUCCGGUUUCAUGAUUUCGCUGUCAAAACUGCGACCUUCACUUUUUAAUUUCUCAGGGGUAUCGUUUUGGAUAUUUAUGCAGAUAAACACCUUUUUUCAGUUUACAAUUUUCUUUUAGGAAAUUUUUUAUGUCUAAUUAUUAUUAUCAUUGGGAAAUAAAAAAAAACAAACUACAGUGUAGAUGAAGAAAAAGAAUUAAUCAAAUAAAAGUGUUGAGUAAGCAUAUUUUAUGCUCCAUUAAUUUAUUUUGGUUGGAAUAUUAACGAUUACUAAAUUCAUAUUUUGUGGAUGUAUUAAGUAAAACUCAUAGUCAUAUGUAACUAUAUUCUCUGUAAAUAUUAUAUUUUAAUCUCAUUUUAUAAUAAAGUUAUAGGCAUAAAAACAAAAGCAAAAUUUGGGUCACAAAGUGAGGAGGAAAACUCCAAAGCAAAAAAGAGGUUUUGAGCUCCUCAUUAAAAAAAAUUCAUAGCUUUUGAACCACUUGAGCUAAAAGUUGAUCUUGGCUUUCUUAUUAACCAUUCAAUAAGCUCUAUACAGCUGUAGUCUUUUUGUAUUUUAAAAAAGUUCUGAAAUUUUCACCAAAGUGUCUACUAAACAGUAUAAUUUUUUUUUUAAAAGUGCCGUUUUUAAAAUUAGAAUUAGGGGUUUAAAUUCUGCUAAUGACUGCCUCUGAAAUUUAUGUUUACAAACUUCUGCAACUAAAUAAUUUUAUAAGACAACAUACAUAUUUAUUGAGAGUUAACGUAAGUUGUGUGAUAUCAAUACCAGUAACAUGACUGUUGAUGUUAAGAAGUUACUGCAGGUGAAGUCAAGGCCCAUAACUAGCAUUAUAUGUUACUGUAUGUGAAUUCAAGGCCCAUUACUAGUUUAUAUAAAUGGUAAAAAUGUAUCAAGUACCUAUUACAUUUUAUCUUCUUUGCCAAGUGUGGUAAAUUGGUGUAGAAACAAUCCUUGAACUGUGAUAAGUUGAAUAAUUUAUAGUGUCAGCGAUAUGUUCAACAGUUUAUAAAAUUUGUACACAAACUUUUGAAUGAAUGAGUCUAAUCAGUUAACUUUAAUUAGUUAAAUUUAAAUCUCAUCCUUUGUCUGCUUUGUUCCAGGGGGAUUUUUUAGAGGGUCUACCUUCUUAUAAUGAAAACAAUUUCACAAGGUUUCAUGCAGAUUCCAGUCACCGAUCUAAUGUAAGACUUCUAAUCUUUGAGCUACCAUCUCUUUCAUAUCACCAUUUAGUUCUUUAAGACUUUAUCAUAUUUAGAGAUGCUAUUUAUUUUUGUUAAUGUUAGUCAUGUAAUACUGUUUUGUUUUUAGAGAUGCUAUUUAUUAUUUUUGUAAGCUACAGGAUGUCAAAAUAAGACUAGCAUAUUUAGAGGUGGCAUUUAUUUUUGUCAGUCAAAUACAAAUGAACUUCAUAUGAAAUUUUAAAAUGUUAACUUUCCACAAAUUUAUUUUCUUUAGGUGUUAGUUGAAUGGUAUGAUGAUGGCUGGUUGAAGUAUUGCUUUAAAGAAAUAUAUUUAUAGGUUUUAAUUAGGGCCGUUGGUACAUACGUGUGUGUUGUGGUUCAGUCAUUUUUUCCUAGUCAUAUUUUUACUUUAUUGUAAGUUCAAGAGUUAGUGUCAUCAAUAAUAUUUUACUUCUUUAUAAAGAAUUUUAAGUACAAUGGGUGUCUUCGUUUCUUUUCAGAAACCUACUGUGUACAUUUCAACAAAAGAUUAUCCUUCAGAACAAGGUUUGUGUAUUUUUUGGUCAAGCAUCAUAACUUUAUUGUAUUACUCACAUAACUUCUUUCAGGAAGCUCUUCUGCAAUUCAUAAGUAAGUUGAAAUUUAAAAAAAAAAUAACUCCUUUUAAUUUGUUUUGAAUAUUUGAAAAUAAAAUAUGGAAAUUUAUUUGAUCUAUAUGCCUGGAUUUAUUUUAGUUGUUUAAUGUCAUAAUUUAUUACAAUGUAUUCCUCAGUUAUAACCACGGAAAAGUCCAACAUUUUAUUAAGAUAUUUACAUCAGCAAUGGGAUAAAAAGGUGAAGAGCUCAGACUUUUUUCCCCUUGAUUUCUCUUUGAAUUUUGUUUUCUCUAUGUUUUUAAUUAGGUAGUGGUAUGUAAUAAUGUGCUUUUUAAAGAUUAGUUAUUUAAGCUGCAUAAAAUAUGGCCAGCAAUUAAAUAAAAAUUUUUUUUAUGUAAGUUGAAAGAAUGUAUUCGUUUACUAAGAUAAUAAGAAUAACAGUGUAUUAUUUCAGCAUGUUUCUCAGACUACAUGCAAGAAACGAGACAGUCAGAGAGCUAAUUUGUCAGAGUUUAAUGAAGGAAGCUCCUCCUCCAAAGUGGCUAGAGUAAACUCAACAGACAGUAAUUGAGACAGAUCGUUUAUCAUUAAAUUCCAUUUUAAUAUGUUAGAAUGUUUUUAAAAAUUGGGCUGUCACACUAAAAAAGAAGCAACGUCUUGUAAUGAACUGACCAUAGUGUGUGAGCACUGUUGACAUGAAGUCAGACCUUGACUUAACAAUGCUCCUAUUGGCUACUGAUGUUUAGUCACCAAAAGUUAUUGAAGUUUUUUUUUCAUUCCUCCACAUUGAUCUGAUUUUAGUCCAAGAAAAGUUUAAAUAGAGACAUUUAUUGCAGGCCAUGAUGAGCACAAUGUUGUCAAAAUCUCAAGGUAUUCAGCGAGCAGGUUCUAGAAGAGUAACAGCUGGACUCAUAGCAAACCGCUCCUAAAACUUUUAUUUCAUGUUUGUGAUAAAUAUGGCGUCUUUUAUAAUCUAGCCUAUGUCUCUGAGUUUGACACAAGACAAAAUUUUAUUAGUGUCUGGUAGUCACAUAAGCAAGUAAACAUGUCCGGUCCCCUAUGAAGGACAAAGCUCCAUCAUGGUCUUAAACAACAGUUUCAGUGAACAAAUACAGUAUGUAUCAGUUUCAUGAAUAAAUAAAUUGAGAGUCCUUAAAGGAAAGCAUGAAUAUAGCAGAAGUGUUUCUUCCAAUAUUUAGUUUGCUGAGUAGUGAAAUGAACUUUCAAUAAAACUAAGUCCUUCUAUUCUCACUGCUGCUGGUUAUCUGUUGGCUCAUCUUUUGUUGAUACUCUUCUCAGAGCUUAAUAGAAAAUUAAAAACUGAUAUCAAUUAUGUUAUACGUCUAACAUAUUUGUCCAUAUAAUUUUUAACUCAACUUUUGGUGAAUAUUUGCCGUCCGGCUAAUUGCAUGACAUUGAUGUCUGCUUAUAUUAAGCCUGCUUAUGUUUUAUGACAUUUGUCAUGUCUUAUGUUGUAUGACAUUUGUCAGGUCUUAUGCUGUAUGACAUUUAUAGUCUACAUGUUGUAUAUUUGUAUUGUCUGCUUGUUGUAUGACAUUUGUAUUGUCUACUUGUUGUAUGACAUUUGUAACAUCUUGUGUUGUAUGAAAUUUGUACAAUCUGCUUCUGUUGGUGUAUGACAUUUGUAAGGUCUUCUCAUGUUGUAUAAGAUUAGUAUAUAUGUGAUUAUUGAAGUCUGUUGACAUUGUAUUUUAUGAUUUCAUGAGUUACUGAGGUCUACAUACAUUCUACGACAACUCUGUCUGUUAUAUAGAAGAUAAUGAAACACAGAUUUUAUUUAGUUCUCUGGUGUGGUGAACAGACUGACGAGUUUUCAAUUAGUUUAAUUCUAAGAUUUGAAAUGCAUUCAACACAAUUAUUUAUUCUUUGUUAGUGGUCUUUUCAUUACAUGCAGGUUUUGUAUAGUGUAGAUUAAUGAACAGGAUAAUUAGAUAACUUUAAAAGUUCUCAUUUUAGACUUAGAGCAGAUAUUUAGAUUUACCGUAAUUUAACCCCAUUUUCUCUAAAAAAAAAUUUUGAACUGGUCUAUAUUCUGCAUGUACAUAUUUUAUUUGUAAAGCCAUGAUCAUAAAAAAAGAUAAAAUGAUG